AUGCCUACUGUGAAGAGGAAACUCAGUCUCAACACCACCGCCGUCAGUGUCGGCUGCAGUAGCGCCUGCCGGAGAAUAAACCUCUCCAAGAUCUUCCAUCGUAAACCCAACAAACACAAACACAGCCGUUACUAUUCCGACGUAGACCACCACCAUAGCUCCUCCUCAGUCUCAGCCUCCACCUCAUGGAGCACUACCACCAACACCACCACCGCUACAUUAUCGCCAAAUGCCUCAGACACCGCAACUCACGACUCCAAUGUCGUGCAAGGGUUUGGGUGGCUCAGCGGCAACAGCCUGGCCGUGGAGAAAGAUUCUAACGAUCCGUAUGUUGAUUUCAGGGAAUCAAUGUUGCAGAUGAUAAGGGAGAAGGAGAUAUAUGAGAAAGAUGAUCUCCGGGAGCUUCUUAACUGUUUCUUGCAGUUGAAUUCUCCCUACUACCAUGGAAUCAUCGUCCGAGCUUUCACUGAAAUCUGGAACAGCCUUUCGGUUUAA